GAACGAGAGGGGGGGAGAAAGAGUAAGAAACAGGGAAAAGAACGGGAGAGUCGCGAGCAACGAACGCGGCUAUAACGCGACGCGGCGCGCGUCCUACGAUACGCAAAAAUACAUGUAUGAGCGACGACGACGACGACGCGGCGACAAGGCAGCGGAGAAAGGCACUGGAACUUCUGACGAAAAUAAUGUCUAGCACAGUGGAUUCGCAUUCCAGAUACUUGAAGGAAUUCCGCGUCGAGCAGUGCCCUCUCUUCAUACAACGCAAAUGCACGCAACACAGGCCUUUCACGUGUUUCAACUGGCACUUUAUGAACCAGAGAAGACGCAGACCGGUAAGAAAACGAGACCGCACCUUCAACUACAGCGCCGACAAUUACUGCACCAAGUAUGACGAGACCACUGGCAUCUGUCCGGACGGAGACGACUGUCCGUUCUUGCAUCGCACAGCGGGAGAUACGGAGAGGCGUUAUCAUUUACGUUACUACAAGACGUGUAUGUGCGUUCAUGACACGGACACGCGUGGAUUUUGCGUGAAAAACGGUCCGCAUUGCGCUUUCGCGCACGGCAAUCAUGAUCUGCGUCCGCCUGUAUACGACAUCAAGGAGAUUCAGGCGUUGGAGAAUCCCGACUCAGACCCAAACUCCUCAUCCAACGGGCCUAACAUACUCGAUAAAGAGCGAAAUCUGAUGAACGAGGAUCCCAAAUGGCAGGACACGAAUUACGUGCUGAGCAACUACAAGACCGAACCAUGCAAGAGACCACCCAGACUCUGCCGGCAGGGUUACGCUUGUCCGCAAUAUCACAAUAGCAAAGACAAGAGACGCAGUCCGAGGAAAUAUAAAUAUCGCUCGACCCCUUGCCCGAAUGUGAAACAUGGUGAGGAAUGGGGCGAACCGGGUAAUUGCGAGCAAGGUGACGCGUGCACAUAUUGUCACACACGAACGGAGCAACAGUUUCAUCCCGAAAUUUACAAGUCUACCAAGUGUAACGAUGUGCAACAAGCCGGCUAUUGUCCGCGCGGAGUCUUCUGCGCUUUCGCGCAUGUUGACCGUGAGUGUACACUCAUCAAUCUGUUGCCAACAGAAGAAAUGAGCCUGGCGAGAGAUAUGGCGGUGCCCAUAGAUUGCGGCGCGAAUUUGGCCGACAUACUCAGCAACGCUCUUCCACCUGACAAGCGCGCACAUGACAAGGAUAAGCAACUUAGUGACAGCAGCAAUGGGAGCGGCGAAGUUUCUGAAUCUGCCAGCACUAGCAGUUUGGGUAGCAAUAGUUCGCAUAGCAAGGCUCCUGGUUCUCAACUGCAUAAUUCCACCAACACUAAUUCCAGUAUGAACACAUCAGCGCAACAAAAACUUACAAGCAUACUUUACAAUCCUAGUUCCCUUAUACAAGUUAAUGAAAUUCGGAAACAAAUGAUCGCCAUAGAUAGCGACCCAUUGUUAACUAAAGCUGAAAAGGCGCAGCAGAAACAAAGUCUCUACAUUGCAUACAAUUUGAAUGGGACGUUAGGCAGUCACUCAUUAGCAACGACUGUUUCACCACUUUCAAAUUCGUUUUACUCGAACGAUACUGUUGAAUCUGUAGUAGGAAACGCAUUAGAUGAGUUACACUUAGACGACCCGUUAAAUUUAGUUGAUUCAAUUCAUAGGGAUACAAACUCACCGAUCGGUAAUUCAAUAUCUGCAGGCCUAGCUAGUUCCGGUUUACUCGGUAGUUCGGCUCCGGUUAAUAUACCGGGCAUGGCGGAACGUUCUGUUCUCACUAAUUUUUCACCAUCGACGUCGAGCCCGCUUCAACAACUACAAAGUAGUAGUUUCCUGACUGGUUCGAGAUUUUCUCAUCAAGAUUCCAUGGAAUCUACAUUGCCAUUUAUGAAUCAGAUAUCAGAUCCAUUUAGCAAUCACAUUUCGCAACUUAGCAGCUCAGCUUCUAAACUUAGUGGAUUCAAUAGUAGUUUAUUUGAUUUCGCGAACCAAGGAAUGUCUCCAUCACGUACGCAACCUACUCUACCGGCAUCUCCAUUGGUCAAUGCAUUUUCCAUUAGUCCAAGUAACACCGGAUCGUUGUCCGAGGUACAAAGGCUCAGAGAUGAAUUGACUUCAAGCCGCGCACAACUGGCGACAUGGGACGAGCGUAUUAAUCAGGCGCGUGCAGCUUGUGCUGCGUGGCAAUUGGAAAGUGAAGAGGCAAAAAGAAAGGCCACUAUUGCCGAGCAACAGAGAGACGAGAGUAUUAAUUCUUUGCAGGCUUUAAUACAAGUGAAAGCACUCAGGGUCGAGAACGAGGCGUCUAGCGGCGGUCCAUAUCUUCAUUCAAUAACACGAAUAAGCGAGCUCAGAUCACUAUCAAUAGCUACUUUGAAAUCAAUUCAGUCGCAAUUGCGCUCGGAUCUCGAGGAAGUAGAAAAGGUGCUGUAUAGAGAAACAGCUACAAAAUGUAUGGUUUGUGAGGAACAAAAUCGAGCCGUCACUCUGUCACCCUGUAAUCAUUACGUGGUCUGCUCGACGUGCGCUCCGAAUCAGCGAGAAUGUCCGUACUGUCAGACUCCAGUCGUUUCAACAAGUUAGACCUGAUUAUUUCCUUAGAAUUCUAUUAAAAUUUCUGCUUUUCAUCCGUUACAACAAAAAUCAAGAAAAACAAAAAAAAAGUGAGGAACAGCUGUUUUUCUAAGAGAGAGUAUCAUGUGAGUAAUAUAUAUGUGACAACUUGGCAAGGACUUUGUAUUUUUAGUAAUCUGAUAUAUACUGACAAGCAUUGAAAGCUUUUCUUAUCGCGGUAAGCAUGUACUCGCAAGUGACAAGAAUUUUAAAGAUAUGAUCGAUGAUUCAUUCAAAGUAUAUGUACAUUUGUAAUUUUUUGUAUCUUAAAUUGACAAAUUUUUCUCUACAUUUUCAAUUAUCCACAUUUUUUUAAGUGCAACGCUUGAAAAAGUGCAGCGUUAUAAACAAACCAAGAAGAUCUUUUAUUUUAUACACAACUCAAAAAAUUUCAUAUUUGGCAAUAUGAAACUAGGAAGUUGCGACGGAAACCAAUGCGGGUUUAACAUUUAGCACGAAAUCACUAUAAUUGCAGUUGUGAACAAAGUUUCGGGACCUCGAAAAAAAAAAAAAAAAAAC